AACACCACACUACUCUGUGAAGUGGCUGGAAGGAAGCACUGUACGGUACACUCAAACAGCAUGGGGGACCUUCAGCAAUUGGAGCAGGACUUCUACCAGACAAGAUAUUACAUAGAUGACCUGGGUCACACCGCGGCCCACUACGAUACCUACGAUUCCACAAACGAUGUUGGAGCACAAGCUUUUGUGUCAGGGGCUCUGGAUCCCUUCAUGGAGCAGUACACCGGACAAUUCUUCCAACCUGAAAUGCUUUCUGGGACUGUUGUAAACCCAGGAACAGAUUAUUCUGAAGAGGAACCUACGCUUCUUGAGGAGCUUGGCAUCAAUUUUGAUCAUAUCUGGCAGAAGACACUGACCGUGUUAAAUCCUUUUAAGCCUGCAGAUGGCAGCAUUAUGAAUGAGACUGAUCUAACCGGUCCCAUCCUCUUCUGCGUUGGACUGGGGGUCACUUUAAUGAUGGCCGGUAAAGCCCACUUUGGUUAUGUGUAUGGGAUCAGUGCUACAGCCUGUAUUGUGAUGUACAUUCUGCUGAGUCUGAUGAGUUCUCUGGCAGUGUCUUAUGGCUGUGUGGCCAGUGUCCUGGGCUACUGCCUCCUGCCCAUGGUGGCCCUCUCUACAUUCGCUGUCUUCUACUCUUUGCAAGGCAUCCUGGGUACAGUUCUGGCCUUGUUCGGAAUUGGUUGGUGUAGUCUCUCUGCCUCCAAGAUCUUCAUCUCCACUCUGGCUAUGGAGGGCCAACAGCUGCUUGUGGCGUACCCAUGUGCCCUGCUCUAUGGGCUCUUUGCAUUAGUCACUGUAUUCUAAUAAUCACCAGAAUAAACCAGGAGGAACAUCUUUAUGAUUCAAGCAACAACAUUUUUUAUUUGUAGCAGUAACGUCAAAAUGAGGAAAUGUUCUUUGUCCCCGUCUAUUUGAGUGCUUAGGGAAUUUAGGGAACCCGGUGCCUUAUUUCAUUACAGAGUGUGGCAGGCUGGUGAAAUCGCCAUGAGACCUCUUGAGUACUGUUACAAAGAAAACUCUCCACACUCUGGACAUUAAAUAAGUGAUUGCAUUUUCAUCACUUUGGACUACUGAAGCAUUAUCAUUUACUGAGCUUUGAGGAUUUUUUUCAGCAUUUUCAAAUUGGGUCCAGGUUUAUGAAAUUUGAAAUGGAGCUUCAGCUCUGGCCGGAGUGGUUUCAUUGUGUUGUUUUAUUUAGUGAAGCUUUAUUUAAUACUUACAUAGCAGAUAUUUGAUCUAAAACAAGACCUUGCAUGGCAUUCAUUCUAUCAUCACAUAUGUUGAUGAAUAAAUAUUUAUACAUGUAA